UUGAGUCAUUCAGUGUGAGACUCUGCAACGCGUGGAUGUUUAUUCAGUGACAUUUGAACAACUAUGAUAUUAAAUCGCAUCUGGAGAGUUUACCCACAUCUGCCAUGACCGAAGACAAAAACGGUUAGGAUCACAAAGAAAUGGAGGGUCAGGCAGAGGAGAGACUGUGUGGGAAAUGGAGGGUUGCAUGUGGUUUGUACAAUUACAACCUGAGGGAUGUUUUCACAUGGCAUCUGCUGAAGACCGUUCUCAUGGGCCAGGUGUUGUCUCUGCUCAUCUGUGGGACGGCAGUGAGCUCUCAGUACCUGGUUACCGCCAAGGUGGAGACGCCGAUGCUGCAGAGUUUCCUCAACUAUGCCCUGCUGCUGCUCGUCUACACCACCAUCCUCAUUGCGCGCAAAGGUGAAAGAAACAUCGUACAGAUUUUGAAGACAAAGUGGUGGAAGUAUUUGGUGAUGGGCUUGGCAGAUGUGGAGGCCAACUAUGCAGUUGUGCGUGCUUACCAGUAUACCACCCUGACAAGUAUCCAGCUGCUGGACUGUUUCGUGAUCCCAGUGCUGAUGCUGCUCUCCUGGUUCUUCCUGAAGACUCGCUAUAGGCUGGUCCACUUUAUAGCCGUGGUGGUGUGUUUGUUGGGUGUGGGGGCCAUGGUAGGAGCCGACAUUGUGGCCGAAAGAAACCAGGGGUCCACCAGUUAUGUUGUGCUGGGAGACGGUUUGGUCCUUCUCAGCGCCGCCCUCUACGCUGUAUCCAACACGUGUCAGGAGUACACGGUGAAGAACCUGAGUCGGGUGGAGUUCCUGGGCAUGAUGGGACUCUUUGGGACGCUCAUCAGUGGCGUGCAGCUUGCUGUGCUGGAAAUCGCUGCAGUUUCAGCGAUAAAGUGGGACCUCCAUAUUUCCAUGCUGUUUGCCGUCUACGCCCUAUGCAUGUACGCCCUCUACAGCUUCAUGCCCGUGGUUGUGAAGUUGACCAGCGCUACUGCAGUCAACCUCUCUCUGCUCACCGCUGACCUCUUCAGCCUCUUCUGUGGCCUUUACCUCUUCCACUACAAGUUCUCCGCCUUGUACAUCAUUUCGUUUGUCGUCAUCACCGUGGGGUUCAUCAUGUUCAACGCCGUUCCCACGUACACCGCUCUGCCCGACGACGACCCAGCCGAUCCCUCGGCUGAUCGGCCCGAUCCCAGCCCCGCAGAUUACCUGCUGGCCGCGGACAGAGACUCUCCGAGGACCGAGAUGCUCACGGCCGUCGCUGCUCUAUGACACAAAGUGACUGGACUUUGUUUUUUUAAGCACAAAAUCAACUUCUCCUUUUGAAGCGAAGAGAUUGUUACUUUUUAUGUUGUUGUUAUUUUGUACAUUUAGUCAUUAGAUUUAGUUUUAACGCUUUAAUGAUUUUGAAAAUUAAACCAAAACUUGAAGUGCCACUGUUUAUUCAUGACUGCACAACAUGCUGUUGCAUCUGUUUUUAAAUCCUUAUUUUUGUUACAUCCUAUACAUAAAUACAUCAUUUGUUACUGAAGUAGAAAUUAUGUUUGUUUACUGCCCUGAAACUGAUCAGUUACACUUUUUUUUAAAAUACUAAUUUACGUUGUUUUUUAAAAAAAAAAAAAACCUUCAGCUGUUCUGUUACAAUCACACUUGACUUUUAUUUCCUGUUGUCAUGCUUUUACAGUUUUCCACAGUAUAAAUUGUUAAUUUAUCAAAUAUCCUGUAAAACAAAUUGUUUUCUUUCCCUUUCCAAUUAAAACAUGUCAGCUGAUGUUUUUACAAACAUUUCUUUUUUUUAACUAAUAAAUUCAUUUUUUGAAUAUA